AUGCUCCGUCUUGCGUGCACGAGACGUCGUCAGGCGGUCGCGCUCUUCACUAUGAAAAGCUUUCGAGCCCGGCAGAAGAUCCUGCUCACUCCACAGAACGUAGCUACUGUCUUCUCGGAGAAGUUGGACCCGCAGGAUCGUUUGCUGCGGCAGUCUAGUGUCGGCGCAGGGGCUAGCCGUAUUUUAGUGCUUGAUAAAAAGCAGCGCGUACGUGGGGUCUACCACCCUCUGAUGUGCCUCCCGUACCCGAUUGAUGGCGCUGCUGUGUUGGGAAUUCCUGUGGAGUCGUACCUGCAGCGCAUCCAGCAAAAACAGAAGUCUGCUGAGGCUUUGGCGGAAGGGUGCACAUUCAUCGUGGUUGUUCAUGCCAAUGGACUUGGUAUUGCUGUCUAUGCGGCAGAUGGAAGUAUCCGUUUCCCCCUAGUGAACGUAAAGCUUCCGGCGCAGCGAGCUACGGGUCUAGGCAUGAUGAAUGAGCGCGACAUGCUUCCUUUUUUGGAAACGACAAGUCUCGUCGAAGAUUUUGCAGAACUCAUGACGGAGACCUAUACGGAACAUGUACACGACUGUAGCACCUUCUUUUUCUUGACAAACGCCAAUACCUCCAUUUCCUUCACUGGUAUGAGGCGGGCGUGGCAAGUGCGGGGCUACGCUGACACCUCUCCUCUGAGCUUUGAUGACAAGCGGUGGGUCUCGCUACCAGACAUGGUUGCCCAACGGGAUCGUGCCACGUCGCUCUACUGCCGCGAUGAUGAAGGCGACAAGGUUGUUAGUAGAAAAGGACUCACCGCGGGGGUGAAGAUAGGAAUCCUGGAGCUCGACACAUGA